AUGCAGUCCAUGCAAAGGCAGUUUGGGAAAUUGAUGAACAGAGGCCCUGGUGACAAUGCCAAGGUUUCUGUUCUCCUCAAUGACUACGAGGAUGCCGACCGGCUGCUAGCACGGAUUACUGAAAGCGCAAAGGCAUGGAGAGAUUCUUGGGUAUCUAUACUGUCAGCACAGCUCGAGGUUGUCACUGUCUACGAAAGCCUAUACGACCCCAUCGUCGGCGCAUAUGAUGGUCAUGGCGCACCGUUGACUCCUACAUCCGAGCUUCAAUUAACCCGCACGUUCAAGUUGAAGGAGGCCUAUUCAGACCUGAAAGCCGAGCUUAUCGAAGACAUUGGCACCAUUGACGACAGAAUCAUUCGACCCGCUACCGAUGCCCGAGAUGCGAUUGCUCCUAUCCGCAAGACGAUCAAGAAGAGAGAAAACAAGAGGCUGGAUUACGAAAAGGUUCAAGAUAGGGUCGCCAAGAUGCAUCGGAAGCCGAAUAAAACAGCCAAGGAAGAUGCAGCACUGGCAAAGGCAGAAGAUGAACUGGCAAAUCUAACUGAGUCGUCGGGAGCUUCGCCAAGCUCAGCCCGGAUUGGUAGUAACGACUACUUCAGCUCUCGGGAUCGUCCAUCGACGGCGUCCACCGUUGCGUCGAGCGUGUCACAAGGUGCGACCCCGGCUUACCCUAACGGCAUUGGCAAGAAGAAGCCGCCGCCGCCUCCGCCGCCGAAGCGCAUACCUAGCACAAGACCGGACGAGUACGUCGUUGCACUGUACGAUUUCGUGGGGCAGGGAGCUGGAGAUUUGUCGUUUAGUGAAGGGGACAUGAUCAAGAUCGUCAAGAAAACAAACACCGACCAGGACUGGUGGGUCGGCGAGCUUGCUGGCGUCAGGGGAAACUUUCCAGCGAAUUACUGUAAGGCAACCUAG